UCCAGUUGUCGACGGCGAACUGAAUGAGGCGGUCCAGAUCGGACUCUAAAAAAGUUGUUCGAUUUUAGUUAGUUUGUUUUUGUUUUUUCCGAAUCACUCGGGAUUUUAAUAGUAUAAAAUUAUGUCUUCCUCUGAUGUUGCACGGCAGCCGGAUAAGGGUGCGCGGCCCCUGUCCCUGUCAGGCCAUGUGGGCUUUGACAGCCUCCCAGAUCAGCUUGUCAACAAGUCCAUCUGCCAAGGCUUCUGCUUCAAUAUUCUCUGCAUUGGUGAGACGGGUAUUGGCAAGUCAACUCUGAUGGACACUCUGUUCAACACCAACUUUGAGAAUUUUGAAUCAUCCCACUUUGAGCCCCAGGUGAAGCUGCGAGCUCAAACCUAUGACCUGCAGGAGAGUAAUGUCCGACUUCGCCUCACUGUGGUCAACACUGUCGGCUUUGGAGACCAAAUGAACAAGCAGGAGAGCUACCAGCCGGUGGUGGACUACAUCGACAGGCAGUUUGAGAGUUAUCUGCAGGAGGAGUUAAAGAUCAAACGCUCUCUCCACAACUACCAUGACUCACGAGUCCAUGCCUGCCUGUACUUCAUCUCCCCCUCAGGCCAUUCACUCAAAUCUCUGGACUUGGUCACAAUGAAGAAACUGGACAGCAAGGUGAACAUCAUCCCAGUGAUCGCCAAAGCUGACACCAUCAGUAAGAGCGAGCUGCACAAGUUUAAGAUCAAGAUUAUGAGUGAACUGGUCAGCAACGGCGUCCAGAUCUACCAGUUCCCUCUGGACGAUGAAACUGUAGCCAAGGUCAACACGUCAAUGAAUGGCCAUUUGCCAUUUGCUGUAGUCGGUAGUACAGAGGAAGUCUCUGUUGGCAACAAGAUGGUGAAGGCCCGUCAGUAUCCGUGGGGUAUUGUACAAGUGGAGAAUGAGAAUCACUGUGACUUCAUGAAGCUGAGGGAGAUGCUGAUCUGUGUAAACAUGGAGGAUCUGAGAGAGCAGACGCACACUCGCCACUAUGAGCUGUACAGACGCUGCAAACUGGAGGAAAUGGGCUUCAAAGACACUGACCCGGAGUGCAAACCUGUCAGUUUGCAGCAGACGUACGAGGCCAAGCGGCAGGAGUUCCUGGAGGAGCUGCAGAGGAGAGAGGAUGAGAUGAGGCAGAUGUUUGUUCUGAGGGUGAAGGAGAAGGAGGCUGAGCUCAAGGAUGCUGAGAGAGAGCUGCAGAGUCGUUUUGAGCAGCUGAAGCGCCUCCACGCGGACGAGAAAGCUGCUCUGGAGGAAAAGAAGAGGCUGCUGGAGGACGACCAGAGCUCCUUCGGAAAGAGACGAGCUGCCGCUCAGCUUCUACAGGCUCAGAGCCUCACAGCCAACGGCAAGAAGGACAAGGACCGCAAGAAUUCUGGCUUCAUGUAAAGACUUUGGGAUGUGACUUGAACUCCAAUAAGACCAGCGUGACCAGUGACAUUCACCCCUUCAGUACCAGUUCAGCCCUCCGAGGCCAGUCUAAAAACACUAACCAGGAGAACGCACCCCCGCUGUGUGUGAGCUGAUCUUUUUGUGCCAAAGUUACAUGACUGUAUCCAAGAAUAAUGUGUACACUUCCCUCUGUUUAAUUUUUUAAUCUUUUCUGUGGGGUUUUAUACAUCUGUGUAAUAUUGUCUAUUUAUCCUUUCAUUUUUUAUAUAAACGUUUGUAUCCCGUAUACCUCCGUGCUUUGCUUUUAAACCAGAAUGAGGGAAAUUUUAGCGGAUUAAUCCUCCCACGACCUCCUCACACAGAUCCUCCACACAGAUCAGUUGACGUGGAGAUAAUUCAGUGGGUUCUGCAGAAAAAAUAAGGGACUUUUCAUACGCCUGCCAUAUCUUUUUAUGCACUAUUCAUACUUGUUCAUUAUAAAGCUCCAUUCAUGCAUGCGCUUCAAUGGAGGAUUCGUUAGUUUCACAUUCCAGUAACAGCUACCACUCAUUAAAAGUUAUUUCGCUCUGUUAGCAUAUGUUUAACGCUCAAAAAUCACACAAGUCGCUAUGAAAUCACACCCACAGUAAUCUUCCCUAUGACUAAGAAGAACUGAGACCCGUGUAUGUUUAUAUACAAAGGCUUUCAGUUGUAUUUUCUUUGUCUGGAAGGGGAUUUUUUUGUGUUUGGGAUUAUUUCUGAAGGAUUUUCACUGCAGGAAUCAUGAAAAGCCAGCGCAGGCAUCAUCAUAGGGCAUUAGUAGUUAUACUUUGUCAUGUUUCUUUACUAUUAAUGUUAAUAAGAGCUUAUCAGAAUCACACAAACCUGCAGAAGCCACUGAUUCUUCUCCAGUGUUUUUCUUAUGGUUUUUUUUUUUUUUUUUUCCAAAGGGAAAGAGUUUCACCUCCACAAUUUUCCAGAGUGAGGCUGGGGCUCAGUUUCCAUUAGGUACAUGUUACAGUUCUAUUUAUACGUAUCAUGUUUUACUUCCUGUCUUAUUUUUCCCUGCUGGCAAACAGAGUGAAGUCUGUCUGAAAAGAUGUGACUCACAGGAAACAAACAGGGAGAGAUAGAAGAUGCAUCUUAUGAUUUUUUUUUUUUUUUUUUUUUCUUUUCCUGUAUUUUUAUCAUGUUUUUAUUCGCUCCUCUCUGGAGUCAGGAUGGGACAGGGACUCGCAUAGUAUUUUACAACCCAGACUAAACCAGAACACCGUUUCUGAUUUCCAGUUAAGUGUGAUUUCGCAACAUUCACUCCAAACACUGCCAUUUUGUUUUAUUUCCACUUGUACUUACAACACAUUAGUGCCUUACAUGUGUAAAGUUUGGUUAGAAAUACACUAGGUACUCACUUGUACAUGCAGUGAAACACAGCAGUGCCUGAUGGUAGAUGCAUUCAUACAACACUUAUAUUUAAGGAAUAAACAGUGUUAUUUUGGGAGCCUUUUUUUUUUUCCUUCUUUCUAAAUAAAUUGUGUAUUUUUGCCAAGA